CUAUUCAUAACCCAAGAGCUUUCUGUAGCCAGAGCCUCCUUUGCUGAACGCUCAAGAGUUAAUCUGAAAACCCGGAAACAAUCAACUGCAACCUGGAUGUAGCCAACAGAAGGAGCAUGCGAUGCUGUGAGACCAGGGAAUCGUUACAUUGCAGCAGUGACAUAUAGCAGAACUGCAAUACUGCUUUACAUUAGACGUCAUAGCACAUAUAUUUUACAGCCUAAUUCACGACCACGCCAAGCGGUUUGCCUUUUUUUUUUCUCUUACAAAGCUGAAGAACGCUGCAAUGAUGCCCAUUGCAGAACUGAAUAAGAACACAGUGAGGAUGAAGAACCCAGAAAAGGUUAAAGAAUUGAUCAUGGCGUUACAGAAAGGAGGGGAGAAAAAACUGCAGGUGAUCUCUGACUUUGAUAUGACGCUCAGCAGGUUUCAGUAUAAUGGCGAGAGAUGUCCCACCUGCUAUAAUAUUAUCGACAACAGUAAGAUCAUAAGUGAAGAUUGCAGGAAGAAGUUGAAAGAACUUUUCAACAUCUACUACCCCCUCGAGAUCGAUUCUAAUUUGACCAUCAAGGAGAAGUAUCCACUUAUGGUUGAAUGGUGGAGUAAAGCUCAUGUUCUUCUCUGUGAACAGAAGAUCCAGAAGGAGAAGCUUUCUCAAGUGGUGAAGGAGUCUCAAGCCAAACUGAGGGAGGGAUUUGAGGUAUUCUUUAAUAGUUUAUACCGCAGUGAGAUCCCGCUCUUUAUCUUUUCAGCUGGAAUUGGGGAUGUCUUGGAGGAGAUUAUCCGCCAGGCAGGUGUCUAUCACCAAAACAUAAAAGUGGUUUCCAACUACAUGGACUUUGAUGACAAUGGUCUCCUAACUGGCUUUAAGGGGGAUUUGAUUCACACUUACAAUAAGAAUAACUCUGUAUUACGGGACACUGAGUAUUUCCAGCAGAUUAGUGACCGCAGUCAUAUCCUUCUCCUGGGGGACACACUGGGAGACCUUACAAUGGCUGAUGGAGUCCCCACUGUGGAUAACAUUUUAAGAAUUGGCUUCCUGAAUGACAAGAUUGAGGAACAAGCAGAAGUUUUCCUUCAGUCAUAUGACAUAGUUCUUGUUCAAGAUGAGACACUUGAUGUGGUUAAUGGGAUUCUCCAAUAUAUUACUCCUAGGAACUGAUCUCCAUUUACAACACCAUAACCGACAGAACCUCUGCUGUUUAGAGUUUAUGUGGAGUGGCGUUUCAGAGGAUCAUUUCCCUGUGAUAUGGAGACAAGAGUCUUGCCACUAUCAAAGUUGUAAAAUGCAUCUUCAGUUUUAAAUUAAAGGCUUAAACAUCCUUAAUGAACAUAAAUGUUGGGGGGAAAAACUCAAAACAGUGUUGUUAAAGAAUAUACCUAUCAUAAAUGUAUAAAGAGCAUGUGAUUUCAAAAACAACGGUAGUUUAGGAAUUAAUGCUGUGUGUACAGUCACCUAGUGAUUAUGCAUUUGGGUGAAAGGUUGACUUUACCCUUUGUGAUGUUUUAUUGUAUCCAUCAUCCAUCUACCGUUGUUGAGAAUUUCUGACUGAGAUCCAAAUUUAUCGAAAUUUUUAAAUAUCUGGAAUCAGGUUUCUAAGUAGCCAGUUGAUAGUUGUAAAAUGAUUUCCUCAUUAGUAAGUAUAUAGAAAGUUAUCUGGAGUGUAAAUCACUUAAUUUUCCUAAUGUUCGAUUCUAACCUUUUUCUGCACCGUGUCUCUGCUGGAUUUAGUUUCGGCCUUAUCAGGUAAGGUUUCUAGGCAGGGUUAAGCCAUAUACUUUUAUAAGGUGCAUUUUUCUAUAUUUAUGUGUUUCUUUACAAUAUGUUUUCGUAGCAGCAACUUUUAAAUAGCAAAAAUGUUUUUCUUAUAAUAUUUUGUUGUGAGCCUUCUUCUGGCCAUCUAUUAUAAGCCAGCAAAGGAGUUAAACACAUCCAUUGUAACCCACACUGCAAAACCUGAGCAGGACAUGGAUAAUGAAUAGCCACAGCUAUUGGCCUACUGGUUGUGUCCUUAGGAGUGCCAUUGCAUUUCUGAGCAGGAUUUUUGCUAUUUGUGGGCAUAAACACAUAAUAAGAACAUUUUGUUAGAGUAUUCUAUUUUUGCAUUAACACGUCCCUUUAAAUAAUUGUAGGAACUGUCAAAGUAAAUCAUUUAACUAAAAUAAGUUCUAUCAAUCAGUAAUAAGGAAAAAAAUCUUUUUGAAAUUUAAAAUUUAUAUAAGGGAACUAAUAAUAUAAAUCUUAAGCAAUUAUAUAGACAAAAUGUCACUACUGAGAUUUUGUUUUUAUUUUCUAGGAAUCAUUUAUUUACGUGGUUGCUUACAGCAUUACUUCCCUUAUACCUAAACCAAAUCCUUAUUUUUAUUUUUUUUUAAUUUAAAUUUUAAUGUAUUUCCUUUUGAAAUUUCCUAUAAUUAAUAAAAACAAAUGAGCAAU